AUGAGCGAGGAAAGGAAGCAGCAAUAUUUCGGCGAAUUAGCACCUCGCUAUAGCCAUUUGACUGGCGACACGACUCAGGACUUAUUCGCCAAAUUCCUAGAAUCACAUCCUCUGGACAUUUCCUCGUCCUCAAUCAUCCACGACAAUGCCGCCGGUCCUGGUACCGCGACAGAAAUUCUUGUUCAAAGAGCUGCUCCAUCCGGGGUCUCUCCACGCAUCGUCGCCACAGACUAUUCGGCAGGUAUGAUAGCCAGGCUGGAAGAGAUAAAGACUGCGUGGCCAGAAGUCACAGUGGAAGCCAAAGUGAUUGACUCCUCUGAUCUAUCUUGCUUCGAGAAAGACUAUUUUACUCAUAGCAUCAACAAUUUCAGCCUCUUCACAUUCACCCAUCCUGUGCAGAGCUUGAAGGAGUACCUUAAAACCAAGCGGAACUGCUGUGCGCAAGACAUUGUCAAAGGACCAGGAUAUGCCAAGGCGAACGCCAUACCUGUAAAUGGCGCACAGUAUUAUCAAGAGGGAUUCGUGUCAAAACAAUUGGUUGAAGCCGGUUUUGAGAAGAAGAAACUGGAAACCAUUGUUGUCGAGCACGUGUUGAAGGAGGAUGAUAGGACGAAGUGGGACGGGCUUUUCGAAUUCAUGACCAAGUCGUCCAUCGCAGCUUCGUCAAUCAAGGGCUGGAGUCCGGACGAGGCUGCCAGCUGGCCAGACGCUAUCAAGCAGGCCAUAGCUACAGAGACUCAAAAACAUGGCGGUGUCAAAUUCGAGGCCUGGGUGACUGUUGCGAAGAAGUAG